GAAGGCAGCAGAACAGAGCAGUACUGCCUUGUAACGUCAAGUGUGCAAACUGUCGUGAAAGCACAUCGACGGAGAAAGACGCGAGCAGAACGCUAAUAAGUCAGUCUUAUUAUUUGUUCUCCAGUUUGAAAUGUUUACGUCGUAUAAAAUACAUAUUUGAUUCUUUAUUCAAGGAUGAAAUCGUCUCGAUGCGCUAGAAGCACUGUGCCGCUUCUCGUGCUAUCUUUGCUUGUUAGUUAGCUUAGCUUGUUAGCUGCUAACAAAAGACACGCGGAAGUUAUCAACACAUCGCUAAGUAGAGAUCAAGUGUGAGAGUAAAGUGUUGUGAUUGUGUGAAAAUGUCUACAUUACACAUGUUGAGAGCGUUGGUGGACCAGCGACUAACUGCUGCCGUUGAAGAAAUAUUUGUAGUGUUAGAAAGAACGAUAGCAGAAUACGAGGCGGAACUUUCUAGAACAAAAGAGGAGAACUAUCAACUACUGGACGCUGUUUUCAAGAAACGUCAAGUUGUGUUACACAGAACAGACCUCGAUGAAGAACAUCAUCUCCGGGAGCAGGAGGAGGAACCACAGCCCCUCCACAUUAAAGAGGAAGAAGAGAUACCGCAGCUCCAACACAUUAAAUAUCCACAGUCUCCCCAUAUUAAAGACGAACCAGCAGAACACAGCAUCAGUCAGGAGGGAGAGCAUAUUGAAGGACUGGUGGAGUUCCCAGUGAUUGGUGUCCCUGUGAAGAGUGAAGAUGAUAAGGUCAGAGGUGAAAGUGAGGAGAAGAGAGAGGCGGAGCCUCCAAGCAGCAGCUCAACACAACACAUGACAACAGAAGCUGAUGGAGACCACUGUGGAGGAUCACAAGCUCCACUAUCAGAUAGUGACAACACAACGUCACACUCUCCUGACACUGAUGAUGAAGACUCUAAAGAUGAUAAGACAUGUCACACUGACAACACUCACUUGAAAUGUUCUCACUGUGACAAAACCUUUAAAUACCAUUGGUAUCUGAAAAGACACAUGAGAACACACACUGGAGAAAAACCUUUUUCUUGUUCAACCUGUGGCUUGUCUUUUACAAGGAAGGAAAAUAUGAAAGAGCACACAAGAACACACACAGGAAAAAAACCUUUUUCGUGUUCUGUGUGUAAUUCAAGUUUUUUCCGAGGUCACCAUUUGAAAACCCACAUGAGAUUACACACUGGGGAAAAACCUUUUUCUUGUUCAAUCUGUGGCUUAUCUUUUGCAAGGAAGGGAAAUAUGAAAGAGCACACAAGAACACACACUGGAGAAAAACCUUUUUCGUGUUCUGUGUGUGAUUCAAGGUAUGUACGAAGUCAAGAUUUGAAAAAACACCUGAAAAGACACACUGGGGAAGACGCUUUUAAAUGUUCUGUGUGUAAUUCAAAUUUUGUCCGAGGUGAACAUUUGAAAAUCCACAUGAAACCACACACUAAAGGAAAGCCUUUUUCUUGUUCAAUCUGUGGCUUAUCUUUUAGAAGGAAAGCCGGUUUGAAAGAUCACACAAGAACACACACUGGAGAAAAACCUUUUUCCUGUUCAGUGUGUGAUUCAAGUUUUGCACGAAGUCGAAAUUUGAAAAGACACAUGGGAACACACACUGGAGAAAAAGUGUUGAGUUGCAGUGUGUGUGAUGAAAGAUUCUCUCAUGAGUACCAACUUAACAAACACAAGUGUGCCGGUGAGAACAGCAGCAGUAAAAUAGAAACGUGCACGGCAGACCUCCACCAGGCCAAAUCUCCCAGUAGUAAAGAAUCUUUCAAAAGAAGGCUGAAUCCAAAUGAUGAUCAGGAUCAACACCAAAGUACAAUCACUUGUUCCUUAUCCCAUUUCUGAAAUUUCCUGAAAGUUUCAUUAGCAUCUGACUAUCCUUUUUGUGGUAUGAUUCCAACUAAAUGACAAUCAAUCAAGCCCCAAAUCACUUUUAGUUACUUUCCAAUUACUUCAAUAGCAAACAUAUAAAUAUGUUUAUUAGUUACACAUCCUGGAAAACAACAUCGACACAACAGUUUAUAUGUAUUAUUCAUUCUUACUAAUAUUUUUACUUGUGUACUAACACAUCAAUUUGUACUUCUGCUAAUAUUUAAGUGAUGAUGAUGUUAUGGUUCAGUGUGCCCCUUCACAGGCUUGCUGUCUCCAAAACAAGUCUCCACCAUGGUGGUGCCAGUGGUCCUACUAUACAAUAUAAUUAUGCACACCCUUUGGAAGAUAUACAUUUUUGUUUGUACUAGCAAUGUGAAACCAGUGCUGUAUCCUCUGCAUGUGACCUUGUAGAAUAAAAUAUCUGUUUUUUAUA